CAGCCGCGAUGCGUGGCUGCUGUGUCUUGCCAUGGGCCUGUGGGAGUCGUCGCCCGUCGCGAGCCGGUCCAGGCCCAGCAGCUCGGGUGUGUCCGCGCGGUCGCCGCUUUCGUCCUGCCGCUUUCGUCCUGCCGCUUGGUCGUUCGCUUUGUCAUUCGCUGCAUCUGCGCGCCUGGCUCGAUCUCCUCGCUGCAUCCUCUGGUCCCAGUCGUGGGGGAAUGGGCUGGUGCGUCGCCAGCCAGUCCUCCGAUCGAUGUUUCAUUUCCACAUGAUUGCCAGCCGCCUGUCCUUGUCUGGGCUUGACACCCUUGCCAGCCCCGUUGUGCCUCGGGCUCUUGUUCCUUUGGUUGUCGUCGUGCCAGCCGCCUGCGUCCGCCCGUCCUGGCCUCGGUCAUCCUCGAUCAUCCUGUCCCGUCUGCCCAGGCUUGACGGUCCUUUGAGGUGCGCUGCACAGCUCGGUCGACAUUCGCCACAGCUCGAUCGACACAUUCGCCACAGCCGACACGCCCAAUCAACUCGGAAGAGGCUGCAACUCACCACACGCAUUGCACAUCAGCUCGUUCUGUCGGCCUCGUCUCCACAGCGGCGUCGUAUCGGUUCCGCAGUUGGUACAGAGUGGCUUGGCCUUUGAUCUGCCUUGCUUGGGCGUGGAUCGCUGGCUCUCUCUGCUAUUCGACUCAACUUGAGGAUCUGCGGAUGAAGCACAUCAGCACUGCGCGGAGGUCGGCCUUGCCUGAUUUUGCA